AUGCUGGAAACGGAAGCAAAAGGUGAAUCUUGCGACAGGUUGCUGCCGGGGUGCACAGCCUGCAUUGAAGCAAAAACCAAGUGUUGUCCACGAAGCGUCCAGUUAGGGGGUACCGCAGAGGAUGCAAGCGGACUGUCCAAUGCUGCGCUUCCAGACUACAUUGAGACGCUCAAAAGAAAGGCGAAAGAUCUGGACGAUCGGUCUCAGCGCCGACGACCUCAGGCUGCACAUGAUAGUCCACAAACCUCUCACGGCACUCCGUUGACGGAGCAAACCAGUCUCACUGAAAGAUCGGUGCAGGCAGCUAUGGGAGAGAUUGAAUUUCUGUCCCGCAAUGCUAUGGCAGAGCCCCGUGGUGAGGCAAGUGGGUUUCCCCAGGAACUAGCAAUAGGAAACAUGAUAAAAGCCAUCCUUGCUAUUUCAGGGAAAGACCCAACACAGUCUUUAUUCUCUUUGUCUCAGAAGUCAAAGUACAGGAACAUGUUGGGACAGACCCCUACACUUACCAGAGAAGUUGUGGCUGAUUGUAUGGGCCGUUUCUUUGGGCAUACAAAAGCCCUCUGCCCAUAUAUUAACGAGGGUGAGAUGCUAGAAUAUUGUGACUCUUUCUUCGAUGGUAGCCAUGUGUCUCAUGCAAUCUCAUAUACCGCCUUCAGGGAUUUCAACGUGUAUAUGGCAACAGCUAUUGGGAUGCUGCUUUCUCCCGAAUCUGGCAUCGAACUGUUCGCCAGCAGUUUGCACAGCACGGCCAUGCAGAGAUUCCCUACUAUCCUAGGCAGUAACGAUGACUUGAAAAUGUUGCAUUCUAUGCAAUUGUUGAUCAUUUACUCGAUGUUCUCCUCGAUGGGGGGAUCCACAUGGCAUCUUGUUGGCCUGGCCAUGAAGAAGGCGAUAUCGUUUAGGUUCCAUAAAGAGCCGCUUUCCGACAUUGGAAUACCGGAGCAGAAGCUCAAUCGGAGAAGAACCAUAUUUUGGAACUUGUACACACUUGAUAGGUCUGCGCAAUGGACCGGCCAUUCAGCAUUGAAGAUGAAGAUAUUACGCUUCAAUCCACCAGACACGCUCGACUUUCCGGCGUACGUUGUCAUGCACGCUCGACUAAUAUCUAAGAUGCGAGGCUCUUCACAUCAGCAAUCAAUUUUCCACUACGGAAGUUUCUCCUACUGGAGAGACAUACCUAGGGGAACGAUGGGAUCUAAUAUAUCACCGACUUCCUCGAGAACAUUACGGCAGCUCACCUGUAGGUCCAUGGUCUGCCUGGCGCAAAUCAGUGGAUUUGAGCGAAACGCAACCAGGGUUUUUGGGACUACGCAUACUAUUCGGCAAGAUAUAAUAAACACAUGUAGUGAAUAUAUCAGUAACGAGUAUUUGGCGGUGGAGAAUGACUGCUUCACGGGAUCAUUCGUUGAUGCCUUCGAUAUCUUUUCUGCAGGCGUGGUUCUUAUCUGCCUGGGAAGGAUGUCGCCAUCUUCCGAUGUCCCGAAUGCAGCCAGUGUUCUCAACAAAUGUACUUCUCUCUUGACCCUACUCGGAGAGAGGUUCUCGGCACUUAAAGCUCUUUGCAGAGUGCUCUGGUGUUUACAGGAGUCAGCAGACAUGUGCAUAAUUACUCUGUUUCAAUCCAAGAUGGCACCCAGCAGAGACGAUGAUCCGGCAUCUUCCCGCCAAACGGUUGCGGAUAAGCCAACGGUGUACCUUCUUGACACGUUCCCUCCCAAGGCAAUCGAACACGCCAAAACACUAUUUAAUAUUAUCCAGCCUCAAGAUGAGCAGUUCCAGAAUUGGAGAGAGAAUGCGCGCGCUUUGUUGAUCCGAAGUUCCUAUCUUACUGCCGAGGAUGUCGCCAGUUGCCCGAAUCUGAUUGCGAUUGGCAAGCACGGAGUAGGAAUAGACAAGAUCGACCAAAAUGCCUGCGCAGAAAGAGGCAUCAAGAUCCUCAACACGCCUGGGGCGAACGCACGCGAUGUGGCCGAACUGGUCGUUGCCCUUUCUCUGUCGGUUGCUCGUGGUAUCCGGUCCAUUACAACUCGCCAAAUGUCAAAGCCAGUCCCCAAGGAGACAUGUAACGGGCUGACGUUGUACCAAAAGACUGUCGGGAUCAUCGGCAUGGGAAAUAUCGGACGGACUGUUGCCGAGAUAUUUCGGGGUGGCUUUCAGACCGACAUCAUCGCAUACGAUGCUUAUAUGCCGGAGGAUACAUGGACGCAUAUCCCGCACACCAGAGCUAGCAGCAUCGAUGAAGUCAUUACUCGUGCAGAUAUCCUCUCGGUCCAUGUCCCCCUGACCAAGGAGACACGAGACAUGAUUACCUACGACAAGAUCUGCAUGAUGAAGCCGGAUGCCAUCCUUAUCAAUGCGGCUCGGGGAGGGAUUGUCAAUGAACAUGACCUCACACGGGCAUUAUCCGAAGGCCGUCUCUGGGGUGCCGGGCUAGACUGCCACGAACAGGAACCUCCCAGUCAUGAGAUAUAUGGCCAACUCUGGGAGAACCUGAAUUCUGUGAGCUUUUUCUAUGUAAUAAACAACAUUCUUACAUUUCUCUCCAUGACAUCUACUAUACAUGAUUCAUAUCUUAGCCUUCAAAACCCUCCCGCCAACCACCCCCCUACAAUGCCACCUCACGACCUGCACAUUGCCCUCCAAACUAUCCGUGAUAAACAACGUCCUCCCAUCCUCACCCCCAAACGUACAAUUCGUCAAAUUCUUCCCUCCAUCCUUCGCAGUAACAAUCCUCGCCUUCGGCACCCCCUCCUUAUCCACCACAAACACACACCCAAGACUCGGAUGACAUACAAACAAACUCCCCUCCUCAUCCACAGCCAACCCAUCAGGCCCCGCACACCCAAACGACUGGAAAAACAACCCUACCUUCGACAAUUCUGCCUCGUCAUAGCAACAUACAAGAACCGCUCAUCGGGGGAUAACACCAACCCAUUCGGAGAAAUCCCGUUCGACACAAGACAAUCUAGUCUCCCAUCGGGCGAGAGCCGGUACACGCACCCGGACGGAUCCGUCAUCCCCACCGGCCCCUCGAGGAAGAUAUCAGAUGCUGGGCGUGCCGAGCCGCUGCGCCACUCUGUUGGUUGGCCUGUGCAGCGCAAGGUCUGGGGAAUCUGUCAUCUGCGGAUGGGUCUUAUUACUGAGACGAGAAAGGCUAUUCAGGAUGCUCCGAAGGGCAUGUUUAAUGCUUAUGUAUUGAUGUGUACGUGUGUGUUUGCGUUUGCUGGCGUGGCUAAGGGGUUUGAUGAAGACGACUAUGCGAAUACGAAAGGAUGGAUUGUCUCUAUUACUACCGCUGGUGCGGUUUUUGGAUGUCUUGGGUGUCCCCGAAUCAACGAUCGAUUCGGACGACGAUGGACCUUUCGUCUCUCGACACUCAUCUAUAUUGCAGGAAUCCUUGGGCAAGGACUAUGCAAUGGGAACAUGUCAGGGCUGUAUGCUUCGAGGUUUAUUGCGGGAUUGGGAUUGGGCGUGCUAACGAUUGUGCCGCCUAUAUAUAUUUCGGAGAUCGCACCCAAAACGAUUAGAGGUCUUCUUACAUUGCAGCACGCUGCUUGUCAACAGCUAGGCGUUGUAUUCGGCUUCUUCAUCAACUACGGCGUGACCAAAAGCUACCCUGGCGGUGAUAAGCAGUGGAUGCUCCCUACACUGUUGCAACUCCUCCCGGCCACCAUAUGGCUUAUCGGAUCCUUCCUUUGUUGCGAAUCACCCCGAUGGCUACUUUACAAAGGCAAAAGACACGACGCAGCCACAAACCUGGUCAAACUUCGCCACCUACCCCUCGACCACCCUAUAAUAGUAGCCGAGCUAGCAGGCAUGGACGCCCAACUCCUCCUAGAAACCGAAUCAGUCGGCGAAGCCACGAUAUGGGAGCUCUUGAAAGAGACACUCAUCCCAAUCGAAAACCGACGUCGCUUCUUCCUCAUCUUCAUGGCAAACCUCCUCUCCCAAUGGUCCGGAGCCAACGCCAUCACGCAAUACUCGCCCACGAUCUUCGGCUACCUGGGCAUAUCCGGCGACGAGUCGACCUUCCUAGCGACAGGGAUCUACGGCGUGGUCAAAUUCGCAAGUACCCUCGCGUUUGCCCUGUUCAUCGUUGACUUCAUCGGCCGUCGUCGAUCCCUAAUAACCGGCAUCUCCCUACAAAUAGUCACACUAGUGUACGUAGGAGCCUACCUCGGCGCUACGAAGGACAUGACUCCAACCCAAAUCAGCAAUACCCCCGGUGCCUCGCGCGCAUCAACCGCAGCAAUAGUGGCUAUUUACAUCCACGCCGUGGCGUGGAGUAUUGGGUGGUUCGGGAUUCCGUAUCUUAUUGGAUCGGAAAUUUUCCCGAUUAGGAUCCGGUCAUUGAAUGUGUCUAUUUCGAUGGCUUUCCACUGGGCGUUCUAUUUUGGAUGUUCGAGGGCUAUGCCUAGUUUGUUGGCUGCUACGCAUCGCUGGGGUGCGUUUCUGUUCUUUGGUUGUAUUUGUGUGAUUGGGCUGGUGUAUGUGUUUUUUGCUAUGCCGGACACGACUGGACGGUCGCUGGAGGCGCUGGAUAGUCUGUUUCAGCGGCCUUGGUAUACGGUGUAUCGGGUGGCUUAUCCGUCUAGUGAGGCUGUUCGGGUGGAGAGAGAGGAUGCAAAGUUGGGGGUGGAGCAUGUUGAGAGGGCGUGA